GCUUUCCACUGAGUUGCUAUGUGGUGUUCUCUCUCUCAUCACCACGUCUGAGGCAACUAUGUGGCUCCUGCCUUCAAUGUGCUGCUUUCACUCUCUUCUGCCGCGACCUAAAUGUCAAGCAAACUUAGUGGAUACUUGUUUUGACGAAUGCUGAUUGGAAGUGAACAAUGCUUCCAUCACUUCCACAGUGAAAAAAAAAACCGUUUUGCCUGUAAUGUAAUAGUGGCAAGAAUACAAAUUAUUCAUCCGCAAAUUAUGUCCACACAUCUUAAGUUGAACACUUGACCUAGGACAUCACAGGUGCAUGGUGUACCAUCUCUGAACCCUAACAUCACAUAUACUUCACUCACACCUAGACAGAGAAAAAAAGAAAUGACACAGUUGAGGACAGGACAAGAUUCUAUGGCAGAAGGAAAAGAUGAGGUGGAUAGUGAGUGGCAUAGUUUUUUUUACGAUGAGGAUGAUCUCAGAAAAAACACGGAAGAAGAGAUAAGAUGUGAAAAUAAGAAAGACAACGAGUAUUCAUAUAAAGAAGAAGAACAAGGAGAAAGAGAUGAGUCCAGACAAGAAGAUGAAAGCUUGAAGCCAGGGAUUCUUCAAAAUAAUAACUUGCCACAUGACAAAAAGUCAAAAAGAAGAGCUAAAAUCAAACCAGGGAAAGUGCAUAAGACUAAUGUUACCAAACCCCCUACCCAUGACCUUGACCUAGAUCAUGCAGCAAAAAAACACAGGGGCUCCUUGCAGAGCCUAGAUAUCAUGAGUGAUCAGGAAAACAUGCGCAGACAAGGGCACAAGCUGUUUCGACGAGGGCAGAUGCGCAAAUUUCGCUCUAUGGAGACAGACGUAGAGAAGGCAGGUAAAGAUCGAUUGGAGCAAAAAUUUCAGGAACUGCAGGAACUUAUAACAAAACCUUUGGCAGAUUCACGAGGACUUCACCUCCCCCAACCACAGCUGAAAAACGUGGCAGUGAAGAAAAUAAAUGCAAGGCAUGGUUAUGAGAGGGGAAAUGCUGUACUAGAAGAGGAAAAUGAGGAUAGCCAGGCAUACACAACCAUCCGCAAGCUGCAGAUGGUAGGACCUGAAACACAUCUGCACUUCACAAACCAGAAAAAUCACCGCCCUCAGACAUCCUCUGCUCAGCAUAGGAAACUGGUUUCACAGCCAAGACCCAGGAGAGAUUCAUUUGACAGUUUGCCAACCAGCAGUUCUGGUACAGAAAUCAGUCCCCAUGAAACUAAAGAGAAUCAUAAAGGAAGCACCAGCAGCCUUGACCAUCACCAUGAUAGCAGGGAGGAAGGUCAUAGGAGAGAGAAGUUAGACAAUAAAGUUCAUCCGCCAUCUGUACAUGCUCCUUCUGAUAUGCAUCUGAAGAAUUCAGAUAACCCAAAGCUUCUGGAGUGGUUGAGGCACAAGAAUGCAGAGUUUCGGCAGCAGAAGAAGGCAGAGCGUGCAAAGCGUCGAGAGGAGCGGGAGACAAACAUGCUGGAGACAGAGAGAAAGCAGGCAAGAAGAACCAGGUCAGAGGAACAAGUAAAGGAAUGGAUGGAAACAAAGCGAAAAGAAGCAGCAGAAAGAGGGAAGGAGGAGCGUAAAAGAAAGAAGCUUCUGGCACAGCAGGUGGCAGAGCAGAAGAACUCUAGAAACACUAGCAGCAGUUUAACUAUACAUCGGAUUGAUAGACCGGCUUCUGCAUCACCCCCACCCGCAACCAAAAAGUACAUCCCUAUCAAACGACCAGAAUCUGCCCAUGUUAAGCUGGACAGUGAAGCAGCAGUACCAAAGCCUCCUGACUCAAAGUUUGUGUACAGGCGACCAGUUUCUGGCCAUCUUCGCUUGAUGAAGCUCCAAAGAGCCCGCAAUUCCCAUGAAGCUAACCAGCAGCGAAAUGAAACUUUGUCACCGGAAGAGAAACUAAAGAGGGCACGCAUGUCAUAUGAUGCUUGGCUCAUUGCAAAGAGGAAGGAAGAUAUCCAGAAAAGAAAGGAGGCAGGGAAACAAAAGGAGCUGAUCAAGUCUGAUCCUGAGAUGGAGCGAAUCAUUCCUGAAAUUGCCAGAAAAAGAAUUGAGAGAAUCAGGAAUGGUAAACAACAUAUAGACACUGGCAUAAAGAAAAUAGACCAACAUGCCAAUAAAGUAUUUGGGGAUGGAGACCUUGAAGAAGAGGAUGGAAUACCCUCAGCAGAUGGUGACAAUGUACCCAAUCCGUCCUCUUACAAGCUAUGUAUAGAGGGAUCAGCUGCCUCACUGGUAGAGGUUACCAACAGAUCACGCCCUGUCUCAGCCAAAACCCGCAUGCCCAUACCUCAGAGUUUAUUUUCUCCCCGACGAGCAAAGUCAGCAACCCCAAAAGUUGAUGCCAUCAUGAAUCAAACUGAAGAGGCAAAGGCUAACCCUUUUAAACUACCAUUCCCUGAAGAGCAUGGAGCACCAGAGCAUGUUCUGAGAGUGCAAGAAAAGCUAUUUUCACAGAAUCUGAUAGAGGCCCAAUCAAAGGAUUGGUGUCCAGAGCCCCAGAUUUGCCCUGUGGCAGAUGGAACAAGAGCACCGGGACCUAACAAAGAAAGUACUCCUCGCACUAGCAUGACUUUGCUGCAGCAGAUUGAGGCUGCUGCACAAGAGCAGGAUGAAGCAGAAACCAAAAAGGACACAAAACAAACUGAUCCUCUGAAAACGUUGCCUGCAAUAUUGUUUCAAAAUACACAAGAUUGUGAUGGAAAAGAAUACAUACAAUCUGCUUCCAGCACAAAUACAAUUUAUGAGAAAGCCAAGAUUAAGAGUGAGAACAGACAAGGAGAAGAAGCUGAAAAAACUCAUUUCAGUGCUGACUGUACGGAUGAUGUGGCAGACAACAGUAGGCAUCAAGACCUGGGGAAGGCAGCAGAAGAUGCACCCAGUGAAAAGUUACAGCAGACAUUUAAUUUGCUUCCAGAUGCAACAACUAGACUACCAUGUGAAAGAGAACUUGAAGAGACUAUACCCCUCAUGUCUGUUACUUUGGAAGAGAAGAAACUGGAUGCAGAUCAAGGUCAAUCAAGGGAUGAGGAUGCAUUGCACAAGCUGUUGUCUAAGCACGUCUCAUUCUCAGAGGAGGCCACAGUUCAUGAAAUGAAGGAAUCUGCAGAAUCUGAAACUUCUGAGAAUGAGCAGGAAGAAAAUGAGUGUGAAGAUGAAUUUUAAGAUGUACUGUCUGCGCUUUGAGAUGUAAAAUUGUUGUUCGAAUUUUCCACCUGUAAUAUAUGAUGUGAAAUGGUUAUAUUUUCUUUUUUUAAUUGCCUCGUGGUGAUGUUACUGUGGGCAUUGUUGUUUCUUUUUAUCACCAACAUUUUUGAUCAUGUAUAUGGUAUUUAAGUACAUUUUACUUCCCUGCUAGGUUUGCAUAUAUAUAUAUGUUCGCAUUUACAUGUGCAUGUAUAUUUGCUCUCCUUUUGUUGUUCAUACCCUAUUUUUCCUUCAUUAAGGUGUUUAAAAAGUUUCAAGUGAUGACGCUCAUUUAGGUAGAAAAAUAUAUAAUUUUUAUGAUAAUGUUAAGGAAAUAUUUUGCCUAUAAUUAAAUGUUAUUUAUAAGCAUAGAUUUACUUGCUUCUCAGCCUUUUGGCUGUUACCUGUUUUUGUUAUUAUUUUUUUUUUGGCACACUUCAGUCCCAUGCAUACCAAGUCAGUAAAAUCUAUUGUGUCGUUUGCUUCUGUAGUAAUGUAAUUUUGAUGCUUUGUGUAUUGUAUAACUUCAUAUAUUCUAGUAACAUCCAGCAACUUGGUUGUUUUGGUGCCAUACAGUGUAUGAAAAUACAGGACCAUGACAGAUUUAUGGAGAUUAUGAUUCUUCAGGUUAGUGGUUAUGAUGAUGAUGAGAUUCACAUCAUUAUCAUUUAAAAGUGAUGGAAACUAAAUUUUUCUAGCUGCCUGCUACUUAUACAAGACUUUGCAAGUGAUGUUAGUACCUGUACAGUGCACCAAGUACAUGGUAGGGGCAUGCAUGUCGCUUCCCCCUCCUCCAAAUAUAAAAAAAGAUUUUUGAAGGUGACCAUUAAUUGAUAAGCACACUAUUUUGUUUUGAUGUCUUUUUGUGGGCUAGCUGGUUUCAAGACUGCAGUUUUGGUCCUAGAGACCAUGUAGCAAGGACAUGAAGUAUUAUUCAAGCGUUAUAUUUGUGAGAAGCUGUAAGCAAAUUAGAAUAGAAAUGCAGACAACUUUUGUCAACAACAAAAGAAAUGCAUAUUUUUGAAGAUUUUUUUUUUAUUUCUGAAUCUGAUCAUUUUGGGUUUUUUUUUUCAUUUUGUUAACUUCUCUCCUCCCCAGACCAAACCAAGCUCCUAUUCUUCUGCCUCCACACCCCACCAUUUCUCCCCUUAUACCAUAUUCCCCAACCCCUUUAAAUCAAUAAGUGAUCAUGGUGCCAAGCUGAAGGCUGCAUGGCCCUAUUAUGUGUUCUUGCUUUAUGCUGAAAGCAGUUUCUUUGGAAAAACACAGUGCCCAUACCACACAUUGCUUUUAAGCACCAUGCAGUAGUGGGUGAAAAAAAAAAA